AUGCUUUCCUCGGAAAUCAUAGGAGCAGGAUCGUCAAAUGAUUCAGAUGCCAAGAUGUCGAACCCCUUACGGAUCUUACCGGAGUUAGAGACUGUAUGGGGCAAAUGUGUGGCAGAGCAUGGAAGAAACAGGCAAUCUGGGCGGCUGAGGGGACGACCAUCUGAUCAUCAUUCCAAGCCGGAUAAUCAAGUGUUGGCUUCAGUGUCUGAUAGUAUAAACCAACUUUCCAGAGAUUGGAAUUUCUUGAACAUGCUGGUGCUAUCCAUCAGCCAGUGGAGUGAUGCGGACAAGCUGAUGCAGCAAGCAGGACGAAGUUCCAGCCCAACCCAUUUGAAGAUUACUGAUUUGCAUCAAGAGAUUUGUAAGGAUAUUAAAGCUCUUGACUUUGGAAAGCCUAAAGAUCUGCUCAUUGCAGUGGCUAACUGCCAAAGAAAGACUGAUGAGCUAGUGGAUGGAGGAAUUAGAGAGAGGCUGGAACACUUGUCAAGUCUAACAUUGCGCCACUACCCUUAUGAUUAUUCAUUUUGGGGUACCUUCAUGAAUUGUGUAACACAGAAUCUCCAGUCAAUUAAGGAUGUUGUGGAUGGUAGUCUUAAGGAACAAAUCUGUGUCCCGAUCGCAAAUCAGUCCUGCGAUUUCUGGUUUAACCGAAAAGAUAUUGAAAUAUCAAGAACUAAGGCCAGUGGGUUCCCAGGUUUGGUGCAUCAAAUGGAUCUAACAAAUCGAGAGUUUAGGAAGCUGAUUCUUGGAUUUCAAGAAGUUCUGUAUCAGACCCCAACUCUCAGUCCCUGCAUUGGAAGUUUUUGUCAUUAUAUUCUUGGUUCCCGCAGUCACAGUAACCUUCUGGAGAAGCUGACUUCGCUGGUUUCUGCUUUCAUCGAAUGUAAGCAGAGGUCCAACUCUUUUGGCGAGGAUGUGCAUUGCUUGUUUGAGGAGAUCGAUGCAAUGAUCGCAGAGGCUGCGUUUCUUCAUCGUUCCGUCUAUCUCCAGAAUAAAACGGAUUAUGUGCACCCUCGUUCUCAUUUGCUGGUCAGACUUCGUAUCCUGAUGAUGGAGCUUUAUCUCAAGAAGCAACUCGAUGCUAUCACUUCCUCAAUGCUUUUCGGUAUAGACUUUUUAUUCGAAGUCAAUGAGAUUCUCAAGGACCUAAAAGGAUUUACUGAUGGUUUAUACCAGCAUGGGGAGGCAGAACAUGGCAAAUACAACUCGAUUCAGCUCGCUGAAGGAUUGAAUCGUGAGGUAGAAUCCCUUUAUGUGUCUUACCAACCCAAGAAGAAAAUGACCAAGGCUAAGGUAAUCCAAUUGCUUUAUAAGCUUGUGAUUUUCAAGGCAGAAUCAUUCCUAUCAGAAUUAUUGAAGGGUCGGAAUGGUGAAUCUUUCAUACCAAAACAUCAAAUUGAAUCUUUAGCUCUGGAACUCAAGUAUUUCAAGAGAGUUGUAACUAUCUCUCCAUUUGUGAGGAACUUGCCUGAUGAGUUGAUCAUCUUUGUGGAUAUUGAAACAUUUGCAAGGAGGAUAUCCAUUCUCUCUUACUCGUUCCAACCCAACAAGGAGAAGUUCGAGCAAGUGCUCCUUUCAUUAUCCGAGCUGUUUAGAAAGGCAAAAGAUAUUAAGGCGAAGCUCAGGAAGUUUAGUCCCGAGUUCCCAACUUAUAAUUACCCAAAGACCUAUGGCGAGGGAUUCAUUCAUUUUCUUGCAAGGAAGAUAAUGGAGCUGCUGAAUUAUGAUCCUGAAUCAAUUGCAUCAGUGAAGCCUCUUCUUGAGAAGGCUCAGCCACACCUUGAGUCAUUUCAAUCUUUCCUCAGAAAAGUUUCAGGUUUUGAGGGCCUGAAUGGAGAACUAGGUGGUCUCUGCUCUCGCAUUAGAAACUUGGCAUACGAACUGGAAUACGCGGUUGAAUUAAUGGAGGUUGAUGAUAAUUUGAAACAUUCGUUGUGGCUACAUUCCCUGUUAGAGCAUAUGAGACUUGUUGAUGAAAACAUCUCCAGUAUUUCUGAAGUAUCCUGCACUGCUGAAUUCCAAAGCCUCCCCCAGGUUGCAUGUGACAUUAUAACAAAGAAUACCACAUCAGCAAUCGCUGAACCAAUGGUGGACCUUGUUGAUGAAGCACAAGUUAUACUACAACAACUGACAGGAGGGUCUUCACAGAGAUCCCUUGUUUCCAUUGUUGGCAUGCCAGUAUACUCGAAAAGGAACUUGUUGCUUGAUCUUCAAAGUGACAUCCAUGGGCGUACUAAUGAGCUUUAUCCAAUGAGUGAUGAAGAUCUCCAAUCAAAAUUGCGUCGUCACUUGUUGAGAAACAAGUAUCUCAUUGUAAUGGAUGAUAUCUGGGAUAUUGCAGCCUGGAAUGACUUGAAAAUUUCAUUUCCAGAUGACAACAAUGGGAGCAGAAUUUUGAUAACCACUCGUCAUAUAGAUUUGCCCUUGGCAAUUAAGCCUGGCAGUGUUCCACAUCAUAUGCGUUUCUUUUCAGAUGAGGAAAGUUGGAUGUUGUUGGAAAAGAAAAUAUUCAAAGGUGCGGAUUGUCCCAAGGAACUGUUACUUGUAGGGAAGAAAAUUGCUCAACUUUGUCAAGGGUUACCUCUGGCCACUGUUGCAGUAGCCGGUCUCCUUCAGAAGACAGAAAAAACACAUGAUUGGUGGGACAAAGUUUCACAGAGCUUAAGCUCACAGGUGAUCAACGAUCCAGGAAAUCGAUGCAAAGAAAUGUAUGAUGAACCAUAUGCCUCUUUACCUGCAUCAGAGUAUGAUAUGGAGUUCCACAAUAAGCAUAAUUUGGAUCCUGUAACAUUUGAAAACUACCGAUUGAGCUUUUGCUUGAGAAGAAGUCAUUUUUUCAAUUCAAGGCCUUCGGGCCCGACAACUAAAUCCUUGAUCUUCUUUGCUUCUGAGGAUAAAGAGCCUAGAUGUCCUUACGAGAUUUCUUUUAUUUGUAACAACUUCAAGUUACUUAGGCUCCUAGAUUUGGAAUGCGUCAACGUGGGAACCAGUUUCCCUGCAGAAAUUGGACUAAUGGUUCAAUUGAGAUACUUAGCUGUCAGUGGAUAUGUGCAGUCUAUACCACCAUCAAUAGCCAACUUGUGGAGACUAGAAAUUUUGGUAGUGAAGGGUUUCCGGGGAACAGUCAUUUUACAUGAUACCGUAUGGAGCAUGGCAAGAUUAAGGCAUCUUCAUGUGAAUGAACAUGUGAGAUUUACCUCGAAAGAUGAUGAUGAUGAACGUGUUGGAAGUUCUUCUGAUUUGGAUAAUUUAGUCAGCUUUUCCACCCCAUCACUUUUUUGUGGGGAUAAUACAAUCAACAUUAUGAGGAGGCUACCAAAUCUCCUGAAGCUGAGAUGCAUUUUCUUGGAGUCAUGGGAUUCUUCCAAGGGCAGCUAUCAAUUCCCAGUGUUGGAUUUCCUAGCUCGGCUCGAGUCCCUCAAGAUAAUUUACUAUGGUGGAGCUAUUAAUUCUGGGGAGUUCGUUCUGCCCUUCAGUCUCAGGGAGCUAACCUUGUCAAAAUUUCGGCUACCAUGGAGUCAUAUAUCCAGGAUUGGAGAGCUGCCGAACCUCACAGAUCUCAAACUACUCUCUGGAGCAUUUGAGGGUUCAAAAUGGGAAAUGAAAGAAGAUCAGUUCAAGAAACUGAAGUUCUUGAAGUUGGACACACUGAAUAUUGUUGAAUGGGUUGCCUCUUAUGAUGAUCUUCCCACCCUUGAACGACUGGUAGUGCGGAAUUGCAAGGAUUUGGAGGAAAUACCAUAUGAUAUUUCAUAUAUUGCUACUUUGGAAUCAAUUGAAGUGUUGUGGUGCGGAGAGUCUGUAGAAGAGUCUGCCAGAAGAAUUGGAAGUGAAACACCAGAAAUCAAAAUCCGCACAUCAUGUUACUGA